AAAACAAAUUAAAUCCCGAAUAAUCCCAUAUAACUGAAAAUUGACGCAAUGAGCGCCGUGGAUGCCAUAAUCAAUUACAAGCGCAGUCCCAACGAGGACUUUUACGCCUUGCUCCAUUGCGAUGAGAACUCAUCGCCGGAGCAGAUCCAGGCCGAGUACAAGGUUUUGGCCCUCCAAUAUCAUCCGGACAAGAACAGCGGCGACAAGGAGGCGGAGGCCAAGUUCCAACAGCUAAAGGAGGCCAAGGAAACCCUCUGCGACCCUGAGAAGAGGGCCAUUUAUGACAAAUGGCGCAACAGCGGCAUCUCGAUGAGCUACAAACAGUGGCUGGGCAUGAAGGAGCAUGUCGGUCAGGUGAGAAGAUACACGAUUGCCGAGAAAGUGGAUAAAGAGUCCAUGCACUGGGUGACUCCCAAGACCAAGGAUCGCAUGUUGCCAGAGACCGGUGGAACUGCCGGACCCGGAUCCGGCGCAGGAUGCAGCAGCGGCGGCCUGACCGCAGCCUCGCCCAAUCCCGCCCACCGGCGGGCUUCGGAGGGCGGGGCAGCGCUGUACUACGGCGGACGCAAGGCGGAGUGGGGCACCGAGAACACCGACGUGGCCAACAAGUUCCGCAACUACGAGAUCUAAGGAGCUGACCGAAGGAUGUUUUGCGGCGAGAGGAGUUUCAAUUAAAGACAAGCAGGCAUCCAGAAGCAAGCAUCAAGUCAAAUAAACUAAAUAGAGAAAUGCAAAUUGGUUAGAAAUCGGAGAAUACUCAUCCAUAAAAGAUAUGCAAUUUUAUCAAAAUAUUCAGACGGGAAACCCACUUAUUAUCGAUGUGAACUUAAGCGUUGCGAAAUACAGAGCACUAUGUAUACUCAUAUAUAAUUGUUUAUAGGUGUACAAAAAAGUAUAUAUUAAAAAAUGGUAAUUAAUUAACUUAUAUUUAUGAAAAAGAAACUGUAAUUUCAAUAAACUCCCCAAAGAAUCAAAGCAAAGGCGGAGCGGCAAGAAUUUUAAGUUGAAUAAUAUUAGAAAAAUUUUAACGCGUAAAUAUUAAAUAUACACUCUAUAUAUUUAUGUAAUCAGUGUAUUUGUAUAUCGAUGUUUCAAUGUACCAUGAAUGUACCCUCAAGACAAUCCCUUGGCAGGUGCUCCUAUCUGAGCUCCUGGAACAAAACUCAAACUGAAGUUGAAACUAAAGUUAAAACUAGCAAAUCACCCACCACACACUAUAAGAGCGUAAUCCAAGCGAACCAAAAAAAGCAUAUAAUACUUCACAUAAAGCGAAUUUAAACCUUUGUACACUAAAGACAUUUGCAUAGUCAAAAUAAAAGACCUACACUCGGUGUCCUUUUUAAAAGCCACUUGCGCAAAAUGUUGCUCCACAACUGAACUAUUUUAUCUACCUGAAACAAAAGUCAUUUUCGCAAAAAAUCACAAAAAAAUUUAACAAAAUAUCAAAGAAAAAAUCAAAAAAAAAAAAAAAGAAUAAAGAGAAAUUUAUAUAAAUGUUUUAAUGGAUAGAGUGGUGAACUUUUCAACUUAUACAGAUACAGAUAGCAGAGAAUUACUACCGUCAUUAUAAAUGUACUUUUGAGCGAAAAUAAUUACUAAAUGUUGUUGCUGGAUUUAAAUGCAUUACAAGAACAUAUUAUUAUACAUAUGAAUGUUUGUUUUAAGACAUACUAUAUUGAAUUUAUUCAAAUACACACAUAUUGCGGAUAGAGAAGACCAGACCCAGAUCAGAUCAGAUCAAAAUAGAUCGAUGAAAAGACCAGUAGGAACAGCUGCAAGCCAAAGGCAUGACCCCCAGGCCCCCGACCUUUUAGAAGGGUAUGGCGCGGCGGGGGGUAACAGCUAGAACUAGCAAGUAUGCAAUUAAUUAGUAUUGGUUCUGACUUAGCUGGCACACGUAAGCAGCGAGUGAAAAGAUCCGAAUAAAUAACUUUUUGAAAGGGGAUCCCACUCCAGGUGGAGCCUCAGGUA